AUGGCUGAGAGUGUUGUAGGCUUUCUGAUUAACCAACUCUCAGCCUUACUUUCCCAAGAGACCAAACUUUUGGGGGGACUUCGACCAGAUGUUCAGUUCAUCAAAGAUGAACUCGGGAGCAUGAAGGCUUUCCUUAGACAAGCUGAAGCAAAGGAGGACAAUGACUCUCAACUCCAAGAAUGGGUCAAGCAGGUUCGAGAAGUUGCUUAUGAUACAGUGGAUGUUCUUGAUGAUUUUGCCUUCCGCUUUGCUCGUGGACAUGCGGAUGGAUUCAUUGGCCGUGUUGGAAAGAUCUACAACUCAAUAAUGAAUCUGAAAGCCCGCCAUCAGAUUUCUUUGGAGAUAAAAGAUAUCAAGGCCAGAGUUGUAGAGAUUUCUGCAAGGCAUCAGAGGUACCAGUCUCUGUAUGGUACUCAAGAAAUAGGCUCCAGCUCUUCCAAUGUGGCAAAUGCAGAUUAUGAUAUUCGUGAUCAGGCACUCCUAAUUGAAGAAGCUAAACUUGUUGGCAUCGAUCAGCCCAAAAAAGAACUCAUUUCUGAAGUCCUUGAUGACAAUUCCCACUUGAAAGUAGUUUCAGUGGUGGGAAUGGGGGGACUCGGUAAGACCACCCUGGUGAAAAAGGUCUACGACGAUGCUGUUGUGAAGAAACAAUUUCAGAGCCAUGCCUGGAUAACCGUUUCUCAAAAUUUUCAGUUCAAUGUCAUCAUCAAGGACUUGAUUCAACAAUUGUACGAGGAAAUCAGACAGCCGGUGCCUCCGCAAGUGGAAUCCAUGAAUCGUGUUAGACUGAGUCAAUUUGUCAGAGACUUCCUCAAAGAAAGAAGGUACAUCCUUGUCCUUGAUGAUGUGUGGAGUCUAGAUGCCUGGGAAGCUAUCAAAUACGUGUUGCCUGACUACAACAUCGCUAGUUGUGUUGUAUUGACAACACGAAUUACCGAUGUAGCUUCUGCAUCCUGUUUAGCAUCCCAUGACUUUAUCCAUAAGAUGAGUCCUCUCUCUUAUGAAGAUUCUUGGACUCUUUUUUGCAAUAGAACAUUUCAAAGUAAUGGUUGCCCUUCAAAUCUAGAAGAAGUUUGUAGAAAAAUACUAAAAAAAUGUGAGGGCCUACCACUUGGAAUUGUUGUAAUGGGUGGUGUUUUGGCUUUGAAGGAGAAGGAUAAGAUAGAUGACUGGGAGAUGAUUUUGCGUGGCUUUGGCAGUGAGGUAGAUGGUAGCGGUAAGCUUGAUAGAAUUAAAAGGAUACUCUUACUUAGCUACAAUGAUUUGCCUCACCAUCUCAAAAACUGCCUAUUAUAUCUAAGUAUCUAUCCUGAAGAUCAUUCAAUUGAUGUCGCUAAGUUACUUGAAAAAUGGAUAGCACUAGGAUUUAUAGAAAAGGAAGAAGGAGUGAUAGCCAGUGACAUUGCUAUGAGAUAUCUAAAAGAACUCGUCAACAGAAGUUUAAUCCAAGUUAAAGACACACGGGUUGAUGGCAAAUUGGUGAAAUGUGGUCUUCAUGAUAUUUUGCGUGAAAUCAUUGUUUCAAAAUCUAAAGAGCAGUGCUUCACAGCCAUAAUCACUGGAUAUUGCACAAGAUGGCCUGACAAAGUUCGACACCUGGCAAUCCAUAACUUCACUGGUAAUCCUCCACAAGGCUUCAGCAGCUUAAAGUGUCUUCGGUCCGUGGAAACAUUCGGGAAUAAAGAUUCUCUCACAACUUCAUUUUUGUCCAAGUUUUUAUGUGGUGGUCCCAAGUUCCUAAAGGUUUUAAACUUAGCAAGUGCGGAACUGGACAGCAUCCCAAAGGAAGUUUUCAAACUAUUUCAUCUCGAGUAUCUGGAUCUAAGUGGCACCAGACUUAAAGUCAUUCCAAAAUCUAUUGGGCUGCUUCAAAACCUAGAAUCUUUAAAUCUGGGCGAAACCACUGUAACGGAGUUGCCCGUGGAAAUUCUAAAGCUGAGAAAACUCCGUGCCCUUCGCGUAGGCAGAGUGGGUGAUUAUUCAAAUAACUAUGCACUUUGGGGCUUUAAAUCUCCGGAUGGAAUUGGAAAGCUUACUUCCUUGGAGAGCCUUUCAGGUAUAGAAGCAGAUAGUGGUAAAAUAGUACGGGAGAUUGGGAAGCUCGUUCAGUUGCGAGAAUUAUCCAUCACAAAGCUGAGAAGAGAAGAUGGAAAGGAGAUUGGGAAGCUCGUUCAGUUGCGAGAAUUAUCCAUCACAAAGCUGAGAAGAGAAGAUGGAAAGGAGUUGGUCUACUCCCUGUCAAGGCUGACCAACCUUCGAGGGUUACACAUCGGGUCCAUUAAAGAAGAGGAGACCCUUGAUCUCCAACAUUCCGUCUCUCCAAGACUUGGAUUUCUUAUAAGGCUAUCGUUGAAUGGGCAUUUAGAGAGAGUACCAGAAUGGGUGAUUUCACUUCAAUCCUUGGGCACUUUAGCCUUGCACAAUAGUGAGUUGAGUUGA